GGCCACCUCACAGCAUCGUCAGUUCACUCUCUUCUUCGUCCCCUUCUCGGUUGUCCCACCAACUCCCCAAUCUUCUCACCCCAAUUCCCCAAAUAUCCCAUUUUCAUCCAAGAACAAUCCCCCAAUCCGCCAAAGAUUGCCGAUUGGGGGCCCCGGCAAUGGCCGCCCGAGCCGCCGCGCUGCUUGCCGCCAUCUUCCUGGGGGCCCUCGGCACCGCGCGGCGGGCCGACGCGGCGAUCGGGGUGAACUGGGGCACCGUCUCGUCCCACCGCGCGCCGCCGGGCGUGGUGGUGGACCUGAUGCACGCGAACCGGAUCAGCAAGGUCAAGCUCUUCGACACCGACCCGGGCGUGCUGCGCGCGCUCGCCGGCAGCGGCAUCCAGGUCAUGGUCGGCCUCACCAACGGCGAGCUCGCAAGCGUCGCGGGUUCGCAGGCGGCCGCCGACGCCUGGGUCGCACAGAACGUGUCGCGGUACGUCGGUCGCGGCGGCGUGGACAUCCGAUAUAUUGCUGUGGGCAAUGAGCCUUUCCUGACAAGCUACCAGGGUCAAUUCGAAUCAUAUAUCAUUCCAGCAAUGACAAAUAUUCAGCAAUCACUGGUGAAAGCUAAUCUUGCUAGUUACGUAAAGCUAGUAGUCCCCUGCAAUGCAGAUGCGUAUGAGAGUGCUUCUGUUCCAUCCCAAGGAGUAUUCAGGACUGAAUUGACUCAGAUAAUGACCCAGUUGGCUGCUUUUCUGAGUUCUAGUGGGGCUCCAUUCGUCGUCAAUAUCUAUCCGUUCCUCAGUCUUUAUCAAAAUUCAGAUUUCCCACAAGAUUAUGCCUUCUUUGAGGGAUCUACUCACCCACUAGUAGAUGGACCGAAUGUGUAUUACAAUGCAUUUGACGGGAACUUUGACACAUUAGUUUCUGCUCUUGGUAAAAUCGGCUAUGGGAACUUACCGAUCGCAAUCGGUGAGAUUGGUUGGCCAACUGAGGGAGCACCAAGUGCAAACUUAACUGCAGCGAGGGCAUUCAAUCAAGGGCUUAUCAAUCGUAUUACAAGCAACAAGGGAACUCCACUCCGACCUGGUGUCCCUCCAGCUGAUGUCUAUCUUUUCAGCCUCCUCGAUGAGGAGCAGAAGAGCAUACUACCAGGAAAUUUUGAGCGACAUUGGGGGAUCUUCUCUUUUGACGGACAAGCCAAGUACCCACUGAAUCUUGGGCUGGGCAAUUCUGUAUUGAAGAAUGCUAAAGAGGUUCCUUACCUUCCAUCACGGUGGUGUGUGGCAAACCCUGCUCGAAAUCUCGACAGCAUUUCUGAUCACAUGAAGCUUGCCUGCAGCAUGGCUGAUUGCACUACUCUGUACUAUGGAGGUUCAUGCUACGGCAUUGGGCAGAAGGGCAACGUUUCAUAUGCUUUCAACAGCUACUAUCAGCAGCAGAAACAGGACCCGAAGAGCUGUGAUUUUGGUGGGCUUGGUAUGAUAACCUACCUCGAUCCAUCGAUGGGCGAAUGCCGCUUUCUUGUUGGCGUUGAUGACAGUAAGAGUUCUUCAGCUGCCUCUUGCGGCAGUGGAUGCUGUGGGGUCUGUUGUGGGCAGUGGAUGUUAGCUUUCUGGGUGUUCAUGUACCUUAGAAUGAUGGGUUCGGCCUAAUGCCAAACUGAUCUGCUAGGGCGUGAUGCUAGUGCCCAUGUUAGAUAGAUUGUAUUGUUGACUUCUAGAAAGGCACUGUCGCCAUAUAUGAGUACUAGAUUGUUGUGAGAUUAGGAAAGGGCACGCUUGGGUCAUAUAUAUGAAAUUUAAUUGAUUGUUGAAAUACCUCCUUUGCAACUAUGAUCAUUGCUGGCCAUCAA